CUGUAUGAACAUCGAGUGCUGCUUACUUUUGGGACCUUUGCCUCAACAUGAUUUGUGCGCAGUGGAUUAAAAUACUUGGAAACUACAACAGAUAAAUUACACAAAUUAACUCGCCCGGCUUCAGAUUAUUUGACUGCAUUCAUUUCUGUUUUAAAGCAAAAAGGACCUUUGUUUUUGAAAAGAUUUUUUUAUCGUAUAAGAAUUGUACAUCAUGGCAAAUACUUGCAUACAGUUCACGGGAUUUGUGAUGAGUUUUGUUGGUUGGAUCGGACUUAUCAUCGCCACUGCCACCAAUGACUGGGUCGUCACCUGUAAAUACAACAUGAACACCUGUAAGAAGAUGGAUGAACUGGAAGCCAAGGGUCUGUGGGCAGACUGUGUGAUCUCAACAGCUCUUUAUCACUGCAUCACACUCACUCAGAUUCUCGAUUUACCAGCUUACAUCCAGACGUCUCGUGCUCUAAUGGUCACCGCAUCGAUUGUUGGACUGCCUGCUCUCGCGCUCGUGCUCAUGUCCAUGUCCUGUAUUAACCUCGGCAAUGAACCUGAAAGCGCCAAAAACAAGCGAUCUGUGCUCGGAGGGAUCCUCAUACUGUUAACUGCUUUUUGUGGCGUCGUAUCCACCGUGUGGUUUCCCAUUGGCGCCCAUCACGAGAGGGGCUUGAUGUCCUUUGGCUUCUCCCUGUAUUCUGGGUGGGUGGGUACUGGACUGUGUCUGUUGGGAGGGUGUAUGAUCACCUGUUGUUCAGCAGACAGCUCCGCUUCAUACACUGACAACAAUCGAUUCUACUACUCCAAACAGAGCCCCACCCAUCCAAGCACGGCCUCCACUAACCAUGCCAAAAGCGCACACGUGUGAGCUUUGGGAUUACUCCAGAGCAAGUUCAGCCCAUCAGAUUUUUGCUCUCUCUCUCUCUCUCUGUUUUAUCUUUCUCUCAACACUUUGUCAUUUCAAGCGUGUUUGUAUCUACAGUGGUGAAGCUGUGGAUUGUUAUUUUACAGAUGAACUGUAAACCCUUUCCGCCCUUUGACUUGGCAGCAAGGUUACAUACAGUAUUAAGGGACAGUCACUGGUGAAAGACCUGCUGUAAUCAGAGGACCAGUAACGAAGGAUUUAUUUUUCAUAUGGAUUUUACUGAUUCUGCACAGUACAGUGUGCCUUCUAUAAGUCUUAUUUUUGUAGUAGAAGUUGCAAUAUGCAUUUUUAUAUGAAUACUAACAGUAUUUGCCAAUUGUUUUAUUGUGAAUGUUUUUAUAUGUUUCGGUAUUUUUUGUACGGCUUUGUAAAAACUUAAUUAACUUCAGAACAUUGUUUAUGUCAAGCAAAUGAAGUUAAGACGGGAAAUGAAUAAUAGCUGCUCAAAUGUAAUUAGAUCAAAAUUGGACCAAAGCAGUAACUGACUCUUUUAUUUAUUGUAAUACUUGUAUGCAGUUUUUAUUGUUGUAAUAAACAAUGUUGUCCUUGAGAAAUUGCCUUCUCUUUAACUAGUUCUAGAUUUUUUUUAUUAUAGACAAUGUCUCAUUUUUUAAAAUAAACCCCUGUGGAAAAACCUGAACAGUAAAUUCUGUUUUCUGAAUGCAGAAUUACUCUCUAAGGGACUGCAUAUUGUUCAGCACACUGCAUUUUUUCGGCUCGGCAGCUGCCAGGUGCUCAGGCGAGUGCACUGCAUCAUCAUUAAACUUCUUGUUCAUUCUCGGUAACGGCACUCAAGGGUGCAUACUGUAUGAUUGAUUCAGGUACCCGAGUCAUAGGUUACGUGUACUGGUAUGUGUAUCGAUUUCUCUUCAAUGAAAAGUUGGUUGUGUUGCAACUGAUGAGCAGCAUAAUGUCUAAUGGUAGACACGCUGAUUAAAGGUUAAGAGUUGUAAUUUGCCAUUAGGAAAGAUUUAUGUGAUGUUUGUGUUAAUCUUCUGUUCUUUAAAUAGAAUCAGUGAAUGUUUCCUGUUAUACAAGGUGUGACAGUCAAAAAAUGCAGAAUAUUGAAGAUUUAAGCAACACACAGACAUUUUUGUCCUUGUGGUUUUGUAGAGUUGGAAUAAACAAGAGUGCAAAUGUCAGUAUGACAUUAUUUUGCCAACGGUGCAGCUUAUUGCUUCUCAUUUGUGAGUCUUAAAGCAACAGGUCACCAAAAAAGAAAAGAAAAUUCUGCCAUCCUGUCUGUUUUUCACCCAAUGUUAUUGCUUUAUGAGGCUUGGAAUAUAGUUUAUGAGUCAUAUGGACCACUUUCAUGGCUUUUAAAGCGACAGUGCCCAAUUAAUGUAAUUGCAUAAAGAAUCGGUGCAGAUAUUCUCAUUUUGUUUUCUAAAUAAAGACAUGGUUU